AUGAGAGAAGGAUAUUUGAUAGUCAAUGCUGAUUCUACUGAGAAUGGAAAACCUAUAGUUCGAGUUUUUGCUUCAUUUGAUAUGGGUUGGGGGCAAAGAGGAAAUGGACAUACUUAUGAUAGUCUCAAUGGAUAUUGCGCUAUUAUAGGACUGAAAACUGGCAAAGUGUUAGAUUACUGCACACGCAAUCGGAAAUGUCGAAUUUGUGAUCUUGAAUUGCUUACUGGGGUGGGAAAACCACAUGACUGCAGGAAAAAUUUAACGGGACCUGCUAAAGCGAUGGAGGGCGACGGUGCUGUGCAGCUAGUAACUGCUAGCAAAAUAUUGAAAGAACAUAAUGUCCAAAUUGGGGUCUUUAUCGGAGACAACGACAGUUCUAGCAUGGCUGCAAUCCGGAGUGAGAUUGAUUACCCUAUUAUAAAACAAUCCGACAUGAACCACACCACAAAUAAUGUCGGUAGCAAGUUGUAUGCUAUUCAAAAAACAUCAGAUCCCAACCACGAGUUGACAGGGGAUGUUAUCAAACAUAUACAGCGCUGCUUUACCUAUGCUGUACAUCAAAACAAAAAACAUUUGGAAAAGAUGAAAGCAGCCUUGGAAAAUGUACCGUAUCAUCUGUUUGAUUUGCAUAAAAAUUGUGGUUCGUGGUGUCAAAGCAAAGAUGACAAAGAAAAUAAAACAACUAGUAUCGUACUGAAAAAUCCAUCAUUGUUUGACAGUUUGAUAAAUUUAUUUGACGAACUAUCAGGAAAUUCUGAUAAAUUUAUCAGUGCAGCUAGCAGCCAAGUUAACGAGAGCUUGAAUAACUCUAUGUGUCAUAAGAAUCCUAAAGGUUUUCUGUACAGUACUAGUGAAUCAACUGAUUUCAGAUUCAGUGCAACGGUUGCCGAAAAAAAUCUUAAUGUAUCGUACUUACAAAUAUCGCAAGACAGAGCUGGAAUGAACCACAAGGGCAUUUUGAAUAAGCAUGUUGUGAAAAGUAACAAAAUUUCGUUGAACAAGAAAAUAAAAGCCUCUACUCCAGCAUUUAAGAAAAAUAGAUUAGAACUGAAAGCAAAAAGAUCACAAUUAAAAAAUAGAAAAGCUAACAUAGCAAAUGGAAUGUACAGUAGUGGUAUGUCAUUAUUAGAAAAAAAUUCGACCUACAAUUUGGCAAUUUUAUUUUUUGACUUAGAGACGUCGGGAUUGAGCCUCAAGCAUGAAAUUUUACAAGUGUGUGUAAAAUUUGGAAACCAGAUUUUCAAAUCAUUCAUCACACCCACUCAAGCAAUAAACUGUGCAGCAUCCAAAGCCAAUGGACUUACAAAAGUUUAUAAAAAAUUAUUUCAACAUGGUGUUGAAGUAGUAACUUUACCACAAAAACAAGUAUUUAUUAAGCUUCUAGCAUUUUUGAAAAGUAUUAAAAAAAAAUGUUUACUAGUCGCACAUAUUUGCACAUUCGACUCUAGUCGACUAAUUUUAGCUGUAAAAACUUUAAAUUUACUUGAAGAGUAUGAGCAGGUUAUUGAGGGAUUUGCAGAUUCACUAAAAGGAGCUCACGAUGCCAGUUUUGAUGUCAAUUUACUGGAAAAACUAUCGAAUAAAUUCUUAAAUAUUAAGGAUUUUGUUGAAACUAAAAAAUCGCUCGCUGAUGUCAUUAGUAUGUUAGACAACUCAGAGAAUACGCAGAAGCUGCUGCCGACUUAUAAAUCUAUGGAUGGAAUUAUCUCUAUUGCUAUGAAGAAAAGAUUGUGCUCCUCGGGAAUUAGCUAUGAACAAAUUUUAAGUACUUUUAAAUCUCAAGGUCAAGAUGAAACCAAAAAAUUAUUACAAGGAUUUAUUAAUGGUAAAGCAACUAUCAUCAAAUCACAGAAAAUAUUAGAAGAAAUAUUGAAAUUUUUAGAAAGCCAAUGA